AUGAUUUCCGAUGGCAGGAACGCCAGGGCACCACCCGGCGCAGUCACCAACUUCAUGCGGGCCUUCCGCGUGGUGCUCACACGCCCAAGUGUCCUGGUCCCUUGGGGCUACGAGUGGCACGAAGAGCCCUUCGAUGACACGGGCGCCCGAGUCGUACGGGAUAUCCAUCCAAAGUCGCCCCUGGGCCGAUGGAACGUCUGGCAGCAGGUGAUCGGUCGACCCGACCUCGUAGUUCAACCAGGUGACCGCUUGAUCAAAACCGAUGGUCGUUGGGCAUACUACGAGCAGGAGGUGUGUCUCUGCGACAGCGAGCAGGCAGCAAAUCUGGCAGAAGCAGAGAAGCCGGGUCUCGAGAGACGUUUGGUCUUGGAGUUUAUGCGGCCGACAGCGCGUCCCGCAGCCCCAAUGAGACCAAGACUAGAGGUUUGGGACACCCAGUCCGCACUUGUCAUCUCGUGGGAUCACCCGGGAGCCUUCGAGCCUUACAAGCAGGUCUGGGGAUGGGCGAUUGCUGUCGUGGACAUGGACCACGAAAUUUGGCUGAUAGUAGAUGGUGUGACCUACGUAGCAAGGUCCCUGGCGCUAGAGGGUGCAGAUGUGGCCGUGGCUAAGCCAGACCUCUGCACCAUCUACGUGUCUGAAGGCCUGGCCUACGGUCGGCCAUACGUAUUGUCAUCAGAUGGCCUCACCUAA